CAUGUCUGGCAGGUUAGCGUUCCAACCAUUCUGAAACGGAACACACCCAUUGCUAGGGGUAUUUGGUCUGCGUCUGUGAGAUCCACGGUGAGUCAAGCAGUCCGGCGAAACGAGACCGGCACCACCUAGUUGACCAUUUUGGAGUCCGGGCAUUAUGAAUAUAUAUCACCCUGCAACAUGCGCUCCUAGAUAAAGGUGGUGGCUCAAUUUAUCUGUGAACUUUCGUGUUUUGUUGUCCAAUUUCAUGCCCCACCGGUCGUCAUGAAAAUUCUCCUGCUUUGCACAGCGCACAACUCGCUCUCGCAGCGAUUGUCACUCACGCUAUCCGAGACCCAUGAUGUGACGGUGGAGUAUGCCAUUUCAACCGAAUCGACGAUACAGGCCGUUAGGCUAGCGAGACCACACCUCAUCAUCUGCCCCUUUCUCACCACGCUAGUACCAAAGGAGGUUUAUUCGCAAUACUUGACCCUGAUUGUGCACCCGGGGCCUCCAGACGAUGCUGGUCCCAGUGCUCUGGACUGGGUGCUGAUGGGGGACGAUGGCACCGUCUCCAACGCCGACGAGAUCGUGCGGGACGAGAAGUGGAGUGAGGACGGCCGUUCUCAUUGGGGCGUGACUGUUCUCCAAGCCAUCGAGGAGUUCGACGCUGGCCCUGUGUGGGCUUUCGAGCAGUUCCCGAUUGACAUCGACGACCCAGCAGUCACAAAGUCAAGCGUGUACCGUGGGACUGUCACUCGGGCGGCGGUGACAGCGGUGCAGGCAGCCAUUGAGAGGAUUCAGUUCGCAGCACUUGCAAGCGUCGCAACACCAACCAGCAAUGGGUCCUUGCCACUCUGGGAUCUCAUUGGGCCAUACUUGAAGGCAGAUAGUUACUAUCGGAGUGCAUCUGUGACCACCCAGGAGCCUUUUCUUGGCGGUGUAACGCGCUGCCGACCAUUGCUCAAGGCAAAUCAGCGAGGCUUCGACGUCAGACGCCACACGGCACGCAACAUAUCUCGUAGGAUUCGUGCAUCCGACUCACAACCUGGAUGCCUGAGCAGCAUUUUCGGCUUGAACUUAUACCUGUACGGAGGUAUCGUGGAAGCAGGCGAGGGCAUGGCAACUGUGCAAGCAGUGCCUGGAACCAUCAUUGCAUGCCGCGACGAAGCCGUAUGCGUUGCCACAUGUGACGGCAAGGGCAUUUGGAUUACCCAUCUUCGCCGCAUCAAGAGGAAAGUUGACGCUAUGCUGUGGCCCAAAGUGCCGGCCAUGGACCUGCUCGUAGAGCUGGGUAUUCUCGAUGCCGGAAAGCUGCCGCGACUCCUCGCACCACCCCCGCGCUUAUUCGCCAAAGCCUCCCAUCCGACUUUCCAAGAUAUUUCGAUCGAGUAUGAGACGCUGCCAACGCAGCAACGCAUUUCUUACCUAUCAUUCACAUUCUAUAAUGGUGCCAUGAGCACAACCCAGUGCCGUCGUCUUUCUUCCGCUCUCAGCAGCAUUCUUUCUACUCAUACCGAGUCCGCACCGUUGGCAGCAGUAGUCCUUGGCGGCCCAUCUUAUUUCUCCAAUGGCGUCCACCUCAACGUGAUCGAAGCGGCGGCGGAUCCGGCAACAGAGUCCUGGAUGAACAUUAACGCCAUCAACGACGUCGUGCAAACCCUUCUGCUAGACUUCGCCGUCAAGGGCAUCACCACGAUUGCCGCCGUUCGGGGUAACGCUGCAGCCGGGGGUGUAGCGCUCGCUGCAGCGUGUGAUGUCGUCGUUGCCGGCGAGAAUGUCGUAUUGAACCCAGCUUACCGCGCGCUGGGACUGUAUGGGAGCGAGUUCCACAGUAUAUCGUACUCGGGUCGUUGUGGCGACGAAGUUGCACGCCGCCUACUUCGUGGUAUGCUUCCCAUUUCAACAACAGAAGCCGUGAAGAUUGGCCUGAUUGACGCCGUAGUCUCGGGGUUUGGAGGAGACUUGGACAUGGCAAUACGAGCACAUGUCCGAGAGCUUAUCACCAGUGGAAAGCGUUCAGGAGAGUGGAAGGAUGGCGUGGACAUUUCUGCAGCAGGACUCUCCUUAGCACGGGCUUCGGAGCUAGGCGAGAUGUCAAAGGACUUCUGGAGCGCUCGGAGUCUCCGUUAUCACUCUCGAAGAAGGGACUUUGUCAGAAAAGUGAAGGCGACGAAAACACCUCUCAGGUUUGCUGCUCAUCGCCGGAAAGGGGAGGAACUCGACGAAGAAGAGGAGGACAGCUUUGACAAUAUCGAGGAUUUCGAAGACAGAAUUGUGAACGAGAUCAAAGAACGCGCACUGCGCAGGUCUCUGAAGGCUUUGGGCGUUACCGAGACGGCAAGCAUGACACCGAGUCGGGUUGAAGUAAGCGACAAGCACCUUGGGCCUGUGUUUUCAUGCUACUAUAGCACUUGACCGGCAAGAUCUUGCGAGGUCCCGCAGGAUCGUCAGGAAAGAAGAUAUCGACGUUUUGGGUUUCACUUAGCAGGCACAGCGUAUUUCAUUAAUGUUUACUUCGAUAUUAGUCCAUGCAGUUCACAUGAACAAUCGACAAUUCCGGAGUCUCGUACUGUAGAGUAGUGGGUGGAUAUAUAUGUGCUACGCGUCUCGCCAAGGGGACACUUGGGCGGCACUAUGAGCGACUCAGUCUCAGCUUCGGGCAGGCUGAUGGUGAGAGGAUCUGUCCCUAUUUCAUUUCCGGCGGCAUUGGUCAUGAACAACUUGUGUAGUUCUCCAAACCUCGAGGCUAUCCCAAGAAGAACAUCAGCAAGGUGUAAAGUUCUCAAAACUUGCAAAUCGCAUCC